AUGGACGUGAUGUCAGUCUGUAGUUUGUUAGAACUUCUACUAUUGGUCCAUUUGUUAAGGGAUGAAAGCCAUGAAAUGUACAGGGGACGGGACAGUGAAGGCUGCUACAACAACCUAAUACAAAGACGCUUGAUUGACAGUGAAUCUCGAUUUAGAGCAUAUUUCCGAGUUUCCUUAGAAUUAUUUAAUUAUAUUAGAGAAGACAUCAAAAGACCUCCUUGCAAUCGAGUCAAAAAACCUAUAUCACCGGAAGAAAAAUUGAGUGUUACUCUAAGGAAAGUAAACAUAAUAAAAUAG